UAUAUAAAAUUCACAUUCCUUCUUAUACACAAAAUCCCACAUAGUCUUUUUCAUUUCCAUUUUAAUCCAAGAAAGAUCCGAAUGAAAUGGUAAGAGAAAUUUACUUCCAGAAAUGAGUGCAUGAAGAAGAGAUGUCGAAAGUAGGAGUUAUUGGAAACUGCUGAUAAUGAAAGCAAUCAAAUAAACGAGGAUGGCAUCAGGAAAAUCAACUUCAUAUGAAUAUAAAAGGAGCCCUUCAAUCAAAUCAUGUUUUCCAGAAACAAAAUCAACUGAGAGCUCAGAUACUACAUCUCAUGUCAGGUUUGCAAAGUCUAAUAGAGAUCUUUCGAUACGAGAAACAAAUCCACAUUCUAGAGUCAGCAUCGAACCUCCUCCUUCUCCUCUUGUAUUAUACAAUAAUGUUUUGUUCAAUAACAAUUGUCCAGUACCACCUCAAUCAGAUUGUUCAAAUAUCCAGUUCUCUGAUAUGCAUAACCUCAGUGUUCGGACCAGUUUUCGAGGUAGAAACCUUAGUAUUGGGCCUAGUGUUGAUUCAUUUUCAAAUAAGUAUCCUGAACCAAUUAGUCCUACCUAUAUGUGGGCAAAUCCUAUGCAGACACAAACAUAUUCUGCUACUUCUACAAUAACACAAGAUGCAAACAGUUCAGGUAAGAACUUGAAUGGUACAAAUUAUUUGGGGAAAAUGAGACAAAGUGGUCAAAGACAUGUUCCUCUAUAUCUAGCUGCACUUAAAGGAGAUUGGGAAACUGCAAAAAUUUACCUUAGAUUUAAUCCACAUGCGGUCCGAGCAACCAUUACAAUGGGAUCAGAAACUGUUCUUCACAUUGCAGCUGGUGCAAGACAUACACUAUUUGUUAAGAAAUUAGUGAAAAGAAUGACAGAAGAUGACUUAGCUUUACAAAAUAAGGUUGGAAAUACUGCUCUGUGCUUUGCUGCUGUGUCUGGAAUUACAGAAAUAGCCAAAGUUUUAGUCAACAAGAAUAAAAGCUUGCCGCUUGUUAGGGGUAGUAAAGGAGUUACACCUCUUUAUAUGGCUGUUCUCUUAGGAAGAAGGGAUAUGGUUUGGUAUCUUUAUUCUGUAACAAACUAUACUGAUCUUUCCGGAGAAGAUCGCAUUGGCCUUCUUGUUGCUGCUAUCACUUCCAAUCUAUUUGAUGUAGCGUUGGAACUGAUUAAAAAUCAUCCAGAAUUAGCAUUAGCUAGAGAUGGUAAUGGAGAAACUGCUCUUCAUGUAUUGUCUCGAAAGCCAACUGCAUUCUACAGUGGAGCUCAAUUGGGACUUUGGCAGAGAUGUCUCUACUCAUGUCUUCAGGUGAAACUACAGUCGAGUCAUUUCAUAGAUGAUGAUAACUUUGGCCGACGGUUAAUUCAAGGUUUCUCGUCGCUAACACGGAAAAGCAUAGGCUAUUUUGCUCCACAGAUAGACCUGAUCUAUAACAUCAAAUUAAGACACAUUCAAGCCCUUGAGCUAGUGAGGGAACUUUGGCAACAGGUUAUGCAUCUAGAUGAUCCGAGUAUUACGGAGUUUAUUAGAACGCCUACUCGGUUGCUCUUUACAGCUGCUGAAUUUGGGAUCUUAGAGUUCAUAACUAUACUUAUUCGCUCGCAUCCUGACCUUAUAUGGAAGGUUGAUGAGCAUAGCAGAAGUAUAUUUCACACUGCAGUUUUUCAUAGACAAGAAAAUGUCUUUAAUCUAAUAUAUGAGUUAGGAGCACUAAAAGACUUUAUAGCUGUUUAUAAAGAUGAGAGCAACAAUAAUAUGCUACAUUUGGCUGGAAAGUUACCUGAUCCAAGUCGGCUGAAUACAGACUCUGGUGCAGCUCUGCAGUUGAGAAGGGAAUUGCUAUGGUUCCAGGAAGUGGAGAAGAUUGUUCAGCCCCUAUAUAGUGAAAUGAAAAACUCAGAAGGGCAAACACCAGAUUGCCUAUUUACAAUGGAACAUAAAACACUGAAGCGAGAAGGGGAGAAGUGGAUGAAAGAUACUUCUUCUUCAUGUAUGGUUGUUGCAACUCUUAUUGCUACUGUGAUGUUUGCUGCUGUCUUCACCGUACCAGGAGGAAAUGACGAAAAGACAGGCAGGCCAAUUUUUCUUCAAACAAGAUUGUUCCUGGUUUUUGUAAUAUCAGAUGCAGUUGCUUUAUUCUCAUCAGCAUCAUCAAUUCUGAUAUUCCUUUCCAUCUUGACAUCACGUUAUGCAGAAGAAGAUUUCCUCCAAUCACUACCGAACAAGCUAAUCAUGGGACUAGCAACCCUUUUUGUCUCCAUAACUUCUAUGAUGAUAGCUUUUACUGCCACAAUUUUCAUUAUUCUUUCCCAUGGAUUGGCAUGGACUACCAUUCCAGUUGUUAUUGUAGCUUGCAUUCCUGUCUAUUUGUUUGUGUCUCUGCAAUUUCCUCUUGUUGCUGACAUAGUUUGUCACACAUAUAAAAGCUUUCGCUCUAGUAGUCAUUUGCUGAGACCUAGAUAAUCUUUAAGACGCUUCAAAUGUAAAAUCUACUUCUGUUGCAGCAGCGGCGGCAGCGAAGAUAAUGUCAAAUUCAAACAUGAAGGAUAUGUCCAGCAAAGAUGUUGGUUUAGUUUUGAUAUGGUGAGUUCUUUCUUUAGAUUUUAGAGAGGGAAUGGACUCUUGGAAUGAGUUAAUUAGCAUCCACUUCUAGAAUUUUAACUAAAAGUUGUACUUUUUUUUUUUCAUGUGCAAUUCGCUACCAGACACUCUUUUAAGUGCUAAUUUUGGAGUAA